UUGUACUUCACACGUCGACGGCAAAUAUGGCCCAGAAGAUACGCCAUACCUUCGCAACAGGAUUGAGGCCGUUGAAAGGAUGCAGAACUGUUUAGGCAGUGCAGAUGACUCGUCGUCUUGUAUCGGAAGCAUCGACUAUGAUUCUGACAGGGAUUUUGAUCGGGGGCUGCAUAGUCCUGAGCCAGCCAGUGAGGUUUCGUCCAAGACGGUCGGAGUGAAUGACCAGGUUCCGACGAGCCCAGGAGAAAAUGGGGACGACAGAGGCGACAUCGGACCAGAAAAUAUCGAGAACGACUUACGUCUUCGGCAAGAUGAAGGCCACGUGCCCGCCGAAAUAUUCCUUGCCCUCUCCAUAAUGACCACCGGUGGGGAACCAUGCCACGCUAUGGCUCUGGAGUAUAUGGCGCCAAGGUGUGAUGGCUGCGACUCGACAUGCGCACGAGAGGGUCACGAUCACACUGUUCCCCAAUGCAGAGCAUUGGCCAGUCCAGACUACAGCCUGUCCACAGCCGAAGCCUACCGUGCCUUUACAGUCCAGCGUUUGCUCCAAGAUCAGAGCCUUGACUUGCUUUCAUCCGUCGACGCAUUCUGCCAGGGAAGCAGGGUGACCGGCCUCCCUUCCUGGGUCCCUGACUAUUCAAUUAGAUUAGAUGAUCGCAUUGUGCCUUUGGUUAGCCCCCGACUAGUUUUUGGAGGCAAAAGGAAGACUAACCCUGACAUACUUUGGGAGGAUAGUGACCCUAAUGCUUUGAAGCUGGCAGGUCGCAUCUUUGACACCAUUUCUGCCGUUUCCACGCUUCGAUCGGAAGUACAAGGGUUCAAACAGCUCCACGAAGAGUGGAUGAGCUUGACGGGCGGGAAGACAAGUGUCGAGUCCACUCCGGGUCGCCAACCGCGUCCGAAGGGAGAUGAUAAAGAGGCCUAUGAUAGGGUCUGGAUAGGCACUAUGGCCAUGCCCGACAGUUUGCCUACUCCCAACCCGCCGGCACGCAUCAAGUCGUGGACGCACAUUAUCCGCGAUUUCAUGCAGUGGUUCGACGAUUGGCAGGUUCGACCAGACGGGCUGAGCAAAGCCACUUGGCAGUGCUACUUUGCCUUUCUAGCUCUCAUCGCCGCCCAACAGAGCGGUGCUAAGACUGAACCUGCGUUGAAGGGGGCCCUCGAGGAGGGAGGUAUUGCCCCAGGGGCCACGAUCACGGAGCAUAACGAGGGCUUCUUUAGAGCCAUCCGAUCAGUCGCUGUGGGCCGAAGACUGGCUGUCACUAAAGCUGGAGGAGUAACCUGGGCCCCGGAGACAGCCCAGGUUGGCGACAUGAUAUGCGUGAUAAAGGGGGCCAAUGUUCCUUUCGUUAUUCGCAAGGUUGACGGCACGGACGGCUCAUUUAGAUUUGAAUGGUCGAUGACGACACAGACUGGACAACCUUUCGACUAA